UUCUGAUUGGAUGCUCGUUUUCCUAUAGUUUGGUAGGUUCUUCGUGGAGUUGCUCCCGGACAGCAGCAACCUGGAACAGCGGCAGCCAUGGACCUGGUGCUGAAUGUUGCCGAUCAUUACGUCCUCACUCCAUACGUGUACCCGGCAUCGUGGCCUGAGGACGGGGCGCUGCGACAGAUCCUCAGCCUCCUUGUGGUGACCAACCUGGGCGCUGCCGUCCUGUACCUGGGCCUGGGAGCCAUCAGCUACUUCUUCAUCUUUGACCACGACCUGAUGAAACACCCACACUUUUUAGAGAAUCAGGUAAAAAGGGAAAUCAAGUAUGCGAUGACCUCUCUGCCGUGGAUCAGCAUCCCCACUGUGGCCUUGUUUUUCGCUGAAGUUCGAGGAUACAGCAAACUGUACGACAACGUCAGUGAUUCUCCACUGGGUUGGCCCGGACUUUUCCUGAGUAUGAUUUCCUUCCUGCUUUUUACCGACAUGUGCAUCUAUUGGAUCCACCGCUUCCUGCACCACAAGCUCAUUUACAAGCUCUUCCACAAACCGCACCACAUCUGGAAGAUCCCCACCCCUUUCGCCAGCCACGCCUUCCACCCGGUGGACGGCUUCCUGCAGGGCCUCCCCUACCACAUCUACCCCUUCCUCUUCCCCCUCCACAAAGUCCUCUACCUGCUCCUCUACGUCUUCGUCAACAUCUGGACCAUCUCCAUCCACGACGGCGACUACCGCGUCCCCGACGCGCUCACCAGCGUCAUCAACGGCUCCGCCCACCACACCGACCACCACCUCUUCUUCGACUACAACUACGGGCAGUACUUCACCCUGUGGGACCGCCUGGGCCGCUCCUACAGGCACCCGUCGGCGCUGAUGGGGAAGGGUCCUCUGGAGGUGGUCCGUAAGCUCCAAGCGGAAGGAAAGACGAAACGGCACGCCAACGGACACUCGCAGAACGGACGCAAGGAGGAGUAGAAGAGGUCGGGAUGAAUCGGUGACUUUUAAGAGACGAUGUGCUGGAGCUCUUUAAUUCCAGUGUGUAUUUUCUUUGAUUUACUGUAACUUUUCCACCAUGAACAUGAUAAAUCCAGUAGAUUUUGAAGGAGAAAAGCGGCUCGAUGAGCCGCUUUUCUCCUUCAAAAUCUACUGGAUUUAUCAUGUACACGGAGAAAAGUUACAGUAAAUUAAAGAUUUUGUGUUUAAGCAUCACUGGCUUAUUUAUGCCCGUCAUGGAGCAGCAACAACAACAAAAAACAACUACCGUUGCUUCAGCAAAUCUUUAGGGACCAGCUUCUUAAAUUAGGAAAAUAAUUCAGUUUUUCUGUUCUCCGAGUCAUUUCACUACGCACUUUUAGUGUCAGACAUUUUCAGAUGUCUUCAACUUAUUAAAAACCUGAAAAAAAAAAUCACUUUAAAUACAAUACACUGCAGGAAACCCCCAAUUAUUUCCCUUUCACCACCGUUCUCAAGAGUUAAUGUUAAAUUGGCUUUUGAUAAUUUUAUUUUUAUGGGGUUUUUUUUGCCAAAUUUUGCACUUUGCAUCCAAGCCAAAUGGUAAAAACACUUUUUUAGAUGUAGAUGUGCCAGAAAUGUUUGAAUGAAAACACUAAUAUGAGCAUUUAUUUGAGUCUGAAUUGUCUGCUGCCUUUAACACCUGAUGAAUGUUGGAAACCACUGUGAAGAUAUUUAGAAAUAUAUUUGGUUUUGAGUCAUCAGACUGACUAACAAAAGGAUUUUUUUUUUCAAAAGACGAAAAAAUAUCUGAAAAACUGCAAAAAAUGUCCUUAAACUUUUAAAUGUUUUUUAUUUUUUGGCACCAAUGAAAUAAAGCAACAUAGGAGGAUGACUCAAAGCUGAGCUCUGAUUAAACAAUGAGAACGUGCCACUGCUUUGAUUCAUAGAGACAUGGGAAUAUGUAAAAUCUAUGUUGAAGUUUUGUAAAAUUCAAAAUAAACUUGUGAAAUUCA